AAAUGAGUUAUUUAGCUUGUACAUUUCGCGCGUUUCCUGUCGUCCGCCAUGCAGGAUGAUACCGCAGCUUUUCGUUGCAGGAUAACUGGUGGUUACGAGGCUAUUGAGCAGUUCCAACGUGAUUUGAUUCGUUUCCAAAGAGAAACUGCGAGUUCGUUUUAUAGAUGCACGGUCAUUACUGCGGAGGGACAUAAGCAAAGGACUGGAAAGGAUCUCCCUGAUGGUUAUCGGUAUCGAUUCAUUCAAUAUCGAUGUGUGCAUAGCAAGCGUAAGAACGUGAAAGGAAAGCGUUAUAGGUGCUACAACUGCGAGGCCCGAUUUUCUGUGGUGCUGAAAGGCAGGUAUUACGAGAUUGGCCGCGCCUGGUUGAAGCAUUCCCAUGUAUUCCAGUUGGGUAAACCUUGGCUUUAUCCUGCUAAUCGGCGGCUGAAUGCGGUACAAGAAGCGGCGGUAUUGAAGUUGAUGAAGUCUUUUCGUCAGACACGUGAAAUCAGGGGUUUCGUGUUAACGGAAUACGGCAUCCGCAUUACCAGACGUGAUUUAUAUCAUCUGAGGCAUCGUAGUCAGAAGGAGCAAGUUAGUGAGGUGGAAAAUGUGAUCACCAUGCUUGAAAGCGAAGGUUCAUGUUCCGUUGUGAGGGAGCGGUUAGAGGUGCGAUUCCUGUUCUUCGUACCUGCGUGCAUUCGCAGUUUGGUUGCACGAUACGGGGAAGUUAUACUGGCGGAUUCGACGCAUCAGCUUAAUUACGGUGGCUACAUACUAUGGCAUUGUAUGUUUGUUGACGUGACGGGG